AAGUGGAUGCGGGGCUGGCUCCCCACUGCUGGAGUUGCCACCCUCUGUGCUUCUGGCGUCCCGGGGGCCUUGGCUUUCCGCUCCGCGCUUUGCCAUGCUUCCUGAACAGGCCUCUGCCUGGUACCGGCGGAUGUCUAUAAUCUACGCGGUCGGCGCCUGGUCGGUGCUGGGCUCAUUGUUUCUCAGUACUCGGAAACAAAAGGCGCCAGGUGAUGAAGUAGAGCAGAAGGAUGACUCAGCAAGUGCAACUGCCUCAAUAAGUGAAAUAGCAGAGCCCAUAGAAGGGUUUUAUGUGGAAACAGUUGUUACAUGUAAAGAUGAUUUUGUUCCGGUUACUCAAAGCAUCCUGGACUACCUGAGAUCAUGGACUGGUGGACCCGGCCCAGAGUCCUGAUCAACUGCUGAAUUCUGAAAACAGGCUUGGCUCAGAAUUUGAAUUUGAGUUCCCUUUCAUAUUUGUGAGAAGUAUAUAUUUAACUUAAUUUUGCUAUAAAGUGCAAUCAAUAAUAAUGCACAAUAAAUGUUUCCUUGAAGGAACUAAACAAAUGA